AUGUCAGAGUCUUUUUUGUUCAAUACUGCAGAAAGCGUUUUGGGCAAACUGACUGCUCUUGCUCUUCAAGAAUUUUUCUUGGCAUGGGGGCUUGAAGAUGAUCUAAAAGGAAUUAAAAAGAUGUUACUUGCUAUCAAAGCUGUGCUUUAUGACGCGGAGCAGCGUCAGUCGCAGAGUCAACGGAUAGAGCAUUGGCUCAGGAUGCUUAAAGAUGUUCUUUAUGAUACGGAAGAUGUGAUUGAUGAGUUCGAAUGUGAAGCUUUGCGAAGGCAAGUGGUGAAAUCCGGAAGCACUACUAGGAAGGUACGCCGAUUCUUUUCUACAUCUAAUCCACUUGCAUUCCGCCUUAAAUUGGGCCAUGAGUUAAAGAACAUUAGGAAGAGAGUAGCUGAAAUUGCAUCUCUCAAGUCUGAUUUUGGUCUCAAUGAGCGGAUUAAUGAUAAUUAUGUCAUCCAUAGGGAGAGGGAAAUGACCCACUCCUUUGUGGAUGCUGCGAAUGAAAAUGUCUCCAUUAUUCCAAUUGUUGGAAUUGGAGGAAUGGGGAAGACUACGCUUGCUCAAUUGGUGUGUAAUGAUCCUAGAGUAGUUACUCAUUUUGAGUUGAAAUUAUGGGUCUGUGUCUCUGAUAACUUUCAUUUGCAAACUGUGAUAAUUAAGAUUCUCAACUGUGUAAGCACUGGUCAACGAUAUGUGGGUUUGGAUAUUGAGCAAUUGCAAAGAGCCUUGCGAGAGGCUUUACAAAGAAGGAGAUACUUACUCGUAUUGGAUGAUGUUUGGAAUGAGGAUAGAAACAAAUGGCUUGACUUGAAAACUUUAUUAAUGGUGGGUGCUAAUGGAAGUACGAUCAUAGCCACCACACGAAGCAAUGAUGUUGCUAAAAUUAUGGGCACAGUUGCUUCAUACGCUUUAGGUCGGCUUCCUGAACCAGAUUGUUUGUCUUUGUUUUUUAGAUGUGCAUUCGGAGAAGUGCAGAACCAAAAUCCAAACCUCAUACACUAUGGAGAACAAAUUGUGAGUAAAUGUAAGGGAGUUCCUUUAGCAGUAAUAACCUUAGGAACCCUACUUUACUCUGUAACAGAUGACAGUGCUUGGAAAUUUGUAAUGGAGAGUGAGAUAUGGAAAUUAAAGCAAAAGGAUAAUUAUAUUAUGCCUGCUUUAAAAUUGAGUUAUGAACUGAUGCCAGCCUACUUGAAGAGAUGUUUUGCUUAUUGUUCGAUUUUUCCAAAAGAUUAUCCAUUUGAUGAUGUUGAAUUGGUUUAUUUUUGGAUGUCACAUGGACUUAUUCAAUCUUCAAAUGAAAAUGAAGAGUUGGAAAAUGUGGGCUUGAGCUAUUUCCAAGAGCUAUGCUCUAGAUGUUUUUUCCAAGAGUUCUAUAUAAUAGAUGGCCAUGUUAAAUGUAAAAUGCAUGAUCUAAUUCACGAUCUAGCAUUAUCAGUCACUCAAAAUGAAUGCUUAACGGUAAUAAAUGGCAAUGAACCAUUAUCUGACAGCAUUCGACACUUAUCAUUUCCCUACCCUCAAUUACUUCCACAGGAUCUUCCAACACCCUUACAAGACCUAGAUUCUGUAAGAACUGUUUCCAUUUUAAAUGAAAGAAACGGGGGUGUUGCAAGUGAAGUUUUCAUUGAGACAUGUAUCUCAAAAUUCAAAUACUUGAGGACCUUGGAUUUGGGUUUUUCCAGGGUGGCUGUACUCCCUAGAGGGAUAGCCAAAUUGAAGCAUUUGAGAUAUCUUAGUUUGUAUGGGAAUAUUCGCAUCAAAAGACUGCCUGAGUCCAUAUGCAAACUACAAAGCUUGCAAACUCUACUGCUUGGUGAUUGUGAUGGUCUUAGAGAGUUGCCCAAAGAUAUAAAGUACUUGAUUAGCCUUAGAAUGCUUUGGAUAACUACACAGCAAAGGUAUUUACCAAAUGGUGGAAUUGGGUGCCUCGGAUCUCUUCGAUAUUUGUUCAUCAUCGGUUGUGAAAAUUUGGAGUAUUUGUUUGGAGAUAUCCAAGGUCUGAAAAAACUUCAAACUUUGGUUAUCCGUCAUUGUCACAGCUUGGUCUCUUUGCCACCAAGUGUGAAAUUUCUAGCUGCUUUGAAGACUCAGCUGCUUUUGAAGACUCUU